CGCACGAUUUUGGGGCAGCCCAUUUGGCUCCUGCGUCCCAGACAAGCAGCCAUGGGGACCGACGAGGGCUCCUUCGUGCCCUCGGCCACCUACCAUCUCAAAGGCGACGGCGACGACCUCGACCGCUUCGACCCGGACACGGCGGCCCGCGCGCUGCCGCAGCCCGAGCGGCGCGUCGCGCGCGUGCUCAACGGCAUCGUCGGCGACGCCUGGGCCAAGAUCGAGGAGCGCCACCCCGACGUCGUCGUGUCGCUGAGCGGCGCGCAGCAGAAGGGCCGCGAGCUCGAGACGGCGGCCGUGGCCACGGCCGUCGCGCGGCCAUCAUCAAACGUUACGGCGGCGCGCUGGGGCGGCGACGGGCCAGCUCCUGUGCUCAUCGUGGGGACGGCCGCGGGCCAGGUUUUGUUGUACGAGCCCGUGGCGACGACCGGCUACGUCCAGGACGCCGAGUCGCAGGCGACGCUCGUGCCCUUCGAGGCCCUCGACGCGGAAGACGCCGCCGAAAACGAAGAGGACGAGGAAACCGAGCCCGCCGGGCCGGCGCCGAUCGGCGCGGUGAGCGCCGUCAGCCAGCGCGAGCCGAACGCGCCGUGUCGGGUGGUCGUGGCCGCCGCCGACGACGCGCGCGUCGCCGUCGUCGAGGUCUACCCGUCGGACUGCGAGGAGGGCCCGCGGCUGCAGCUGCUCACGACGAUCGAGGCUCAAUCAACUGCGAGCGCGGUCGUCCUGUCCCGCGACGGCCGCUGGCUCGCCGUGGCCUCCGCCGAGAACAUUACGCUGCACCGCCUCCCCGAAGCUCGGAUGGAGGAGGAGCCGGCGGCCCUCGGGCAGAUAUCGGAGGAGGCGGCCCAGGAGGAGUUCGACGCGUCCGUGGCGGAGAUCGCCAAGGUCGCCUUCGUGCUGCCCGCGUCGGGCGCCGUGCCGACGCUGCACUGGGUCUUCGCCACCCCAAUGGAAGCGACGUCGCUGCUCGUCGUCAAACCCGACUCGCACGUCGUCGCGAAGUAUGGCCUGCGGGCGGACGCGGAAGACGGCGGCGCGCCGCCCCUCUACGCGGCCUGGCAGAUGGCGGCGAACGUGAGCGCGUCCUGCCUCCUGCAGGAUUCAGAUGGGACGAACUCGAUCCUCGCGCUCGGCCUCGCGAGCGGCACCGUGCUCCUGUGGGAUCUACAGAUAGACAUGUGCCGCGAGGUGCUCAAGCGCCACGAGAAGGCGGUGUCCGCGUUAGCGGUCCACCGCCACAAGUACCUCAUCGCGGGCGCGGCCGACGGCCGCGUCCACAUCUACGACCUGGCUGCGGGGCCCAAUCUAAGUCCGCAGUUGAUCGCGGUGCGCUCCGAUCUGACGGCUCCGGUGCAGGACCUGGCCUGCCUCCGCGACGCGGCGCUCGCCGUGGCGCGGGACGGCAAGGGUAUCCUAGCUCUGUACGACCUCGCGCGGAGCGCUUUAUUAGGACGACUGGCCCUGGGCUCGGGCGACCGCGACGACCGCGCGCCGGCGGCGGCCGCGAGCACGGGCGCUGACGCCGUCGUCGCGUCGUCUGAGACGAACGACGCAGUGCACGUCUGGGCGGCCCACGGCAUCGUGCUCCAGCUCUGCCCCGGCGUCAAUGCGGCCGCCGGACCUGAAUCGGAUCCGUUGACCAUCCUACGGCUCUUCGCGCGGCCCGACGAGCCGCUCCCGCCGCCGCUCACGCAGAACACCGUCGCGACGCGGACGUCCCUGCCGUCGCGGCCCGGAACCGGAUCCCGGCUCGGCACCGCCUCGACGAAGCGGUCCGUGACGGCGUCGACGCGGAAGGGGUCGCCGACGGCGUCACGGCGCGCGUCGAGGUCCUCGCGCCGGCCGAGCCGCGAAGGGGACCUCUUCGGCGAGCUCACGCAGCAGAACGUCGAAAUUGCCGAACGGGAAGAACCAGGCUUGCGUGGCUCGGCCUUCGUGGACCCGCUCGACCUCGCCGCGGACGCGAUCGCUGAGGCAGCUGAAGGGCGCGUCCGCCGCGAGGCGGCGCUCAUGCACUCGCUCGCGGCCAUGGCGAAGGCUCACGCGGCGGCGGAGUAAGUGUCUUCCUAG